AUGCUUUUUUGGCAACACAAAGUUUGUGAGAUUGUCUUGAUAUCUUCCAUGGAUGUCUUCAACAUAUCUAUGAAUAUAUAUGCUAUAACCUCAUUAGCCAGCUCUCAAAAAAGAAAAAUGAUGCCUAUAAAUUGACCUCUAGGUCUACUACUAUCAAAGAUAAUUUUGUCUAAAUGGAAAGGGUGUGGCGAUUAAUGAUAGCUAGUAAAUUAAACAAUUAGCAGAUGAUGUAAGCAUCAACUUAAGUGUAAAGUGGAAGAAUGGAUAAGUAAUGAAAAUCACUAAAUUGUUUUUUACUAAUCUCUAAGUACUAGAAAAGUUAUAAUUUGUAUUGCAAAGGUGUUUUCAAUUGUUUGAAUUAAAACAUGGAUCACAAAAUCAAUGCUCUCCUUUGAUAUGUUUUCAAUUUAGAACCAUAUUGUUACUUUUUUUUCAAGACUAGAAUUGUAAUAGCAUUCAUUUUAAAAGGAGAAAGGGUCAUUUAGAAUUGAAUCAAAUACAUUUUGUAGUAUAAAAAAUUCCAGAAGACCAUUAUCCAAAAAUAAAGCCAUGUAAAUUUGUAGUAACUUACUAAUAAUGUCAUAUCAUAUCUUGCGUAUUUAUUGGUAGGAUGUAAGGUACCAUCAUGUGAGCAUCUAUCGACCUGCUCACUCAUUAAUGUAUAUUUAUAUAUAUUGUGAAAAUAUAUGUACCUCUUUCCUGGUUAAGAGGAUCAUUCCAUUAAGCAAUGCAGGCCAGAAAAAAGUCUGUGCUGUCCACCACACCAGAUUCUUGCUAAAGAAGAACACCUUUAGUUUUUAUUCUCCUCAUCCUGAGUCUAACUUGGAAUUUCACACACCUCAUCAUGUCCACUCCCAUCAGAUCCCGACGACUAUCUUCUCACAGAGGUUGGUGAAAGGUUGUCGGACCUUGUACGAUACUGUCUCAUAUUCCAUGUGCCGUGCUCCAGAUCUUGUUUUCCUUCCAGUGUAAGAUGCCGUUUAUCUGUUUAUUCUGGAUUUUGACCGUUCGGCUGAUGUCAUUUCGUAUAUAGGGAUUUCCAGAUAAAGCGCUACAUAA